AUGGCAAAGCCCACAUAUAAUUUUAGGCCUAAUAUUUCUUCUCCCAGCUUCCACAGCAUGAAAGGUAGAAAUGACCACGAUGAUGUACUUAGCGAUGGUGCUGUAAAUGAGCACAAAUUUUUAAGGAGGCGUCAGGGUGACGUUGGCCUCCAAAAGUCAAAUAUAAUUGUUUUUCAAAAUCCCUCUUAA